AUGGCUACCCCGGUCGCAUCUGAAGCGGGCAUUUCAGCAACACAGGCCGGAACCAGUGAAGAAAAUGUCCUUGAGGAUGCUGUUGCGGACGAGCCCAAUGAAGUCACAGACGAAGCUAGAUUCGACAUAAUCGGUGUUCAUGGAUUUCACGGGGAUGAAAAAACAUGGGAGGAGAAAAUACGGGAUGAGCCGGACCCCCCCAGCUCCCCAGACCAAACCCGGCUCAACAGACUGUUCUCCGACAUAGCCCCCAAGGGAGGAAGGUUUAUACCAUUCAACUACGACCCGGAUGAAGAGUCUAUGGGGUGCUAUACUCUACAGGGGAGUUACAGAAUCGCUCAUAAACUACUGGAAGUGGUUGCGAAAAGCCGAACGCCUGAAAUAAGAGAUGCAAGGCGACCUAUAUACUUUGCCUGCCAAGAUAUUGGCGGUGUAAUUGUCAAGACGAUAUUCUUCGGCUACCCUCAUCGAUCACAUACAAUAGUUGAUCUCGAAGAACAGCUUUUCUGGCUUCUCUCCUUAAACAAUGAUCGCCAUCUCCAAAGCCAAAAAAUGACGCUUGUGAGAAGCCUCGCUGAGACAAUAAGCAAAGUCAACGAUUCAUUUAUACAUACAAAAAUGCCAAUCCAGGCACGGAUCGUCAACAUAUUUUCCACUCAUGAUGAUCCUACGAAAAGGAUAUUCGAUAAAUACACUGCCACUUUGGGCAUUGCCUUUGAGUAUCGGCUGCCGAGUGUUAAACCACAUCUUCAGUUAGUUGAUGUUGAGGAACUCGACUCAUACGCUAAAAGUAUUGAAUCAGAUGAAGACUGGCUCGACUUUACAGAAUUGCACAAUGCGAGCCUGCGUAAAUCGCUACACCAAGCAUCACCAAUCUACCCUGCUUUGAAUGAUACCCCAAUCGAAUACAAUCGCGAACUAGACAUUUUAUCCAAGUCCGACGACAAUCACAUCCUGCAUAUUCAGUGUACCUCAGACGCGGACAAGAUAACCGAAAGCGUGAAGAGCUACCUCAGCGAAGCAAAGAGUGUCAAAGAAAACCUGUACUAUUUCCGCUUCAGGAGUCGCGAUGUCAGGUUCAACGAGAUACCAGCAAUGCUGUGGACAUUUUUCGCUCAAGCUGUCUACACCCGCCCAAGAAAUCCUACGAUCAAUAGCUAUUUCCCCGAAGUUUGCGAUGAAUAUCCUUAUGAAUAUCGACGUCUUCUGCACAUGUGGCACAACGUCGUAGUCAGAAGGAAUGAUUCAAGCCGCCUUCUUGUAUUAGGAUGUUUCGACGAGUGCGACGAUUCUGUGUUACUAUUCCUAUCCGAAAUCCACCACGUCUUCACAACCAUCGAGCACCGCCUGAGGAUUGUCAUCAUUACGACAAAGGGGACAGCCAAAGACAGUCUUAUCGUUGACACACUCUCUAAAUUCCCCACAGAAAACAUAACUCGCAUAGACUAUAACUUACCUACCUCCGAGCCCCUCCAUGAUGGAUUCAAUGUGUCCAUGCUUCUCCAGCAGAGCCAUUACUAUGCGGUCAAUGGCUUACGAGACAAGAUAGAAGCCUUACUUUCCAGUUGCUCAAAUGAUGAAUCAUUGCGUCAUCUGCUAAUAGAAUACUUCAAAUCAACCCCAGAUCCUUCAAUAUCCUUCACUCGUAUCUUGGCCAGGAGUCAGACGCCCUCACCAGAGCUCAUUUUUGCAACCAUCCUAGAGAACAUCCCUGAGAAAUAUCGCCUUUGGGCCCAAAAACUUUUAUCUUGGAUGCUUUCAUCCUUCAGACGGCUGAGGGUAUCUGAAUUCUGCCGAAUAUCAGAUCUGUGUCUUGGGGAUAAGGUCGAUGCAUAUACAGAAAGGUCUCCGAUACGCGGGCACAUCACCACUAGCAUCCGCCAAUUUGGAGGAUUGUUGGUCAUAGUUCACGACGAAGUACAUUUCAGUCAUGCUUCCAUCCGUUACUGGCUGAAGUUUCCAGGUCUCAGUGAAGAUCAAUCGCUCAUUACAAAGGGGUGGUAUCAACAGACAGAACGAGAUCGACACAUGACUAUUAUGCAAACCUGUUUAGAGCAUCUAAAAGACAACACUGAUCAGUCCCAGGCCUGGGCUACCCAAUUACCAUACGCCACGGAGUUCUGGGUAAGCCAUUACAAACAAGUCGAUUCAAUGAGGGAUGUUUUGGACAUCUUCGAGCAUCAAUCGUGGCUGGAGCGCUGGAUAGAUGCAUAUAUGGCUUUACCUACCCCUUUCUUAAAACCAUUCAAAAACUACAAGCCUCUCACCAUAGCGGCACAUUUUGGGUUCGAAGAUAUUGUCAAGUCUAUUCUAGAAAAGAACGAAUACGACUCUGAGACUCUAAAUCUCGCAUUAAUCCAGGCUGCGAGGACGGCCCAGUUACCUAUUUUUCGCCUUCUUAUCGUCCGAUACACGAACGGCCUGGAUUUGAACAAAGCAUAUGUGCAAGCUACUUUACAAGCGGCCCUCCGUAGUGAGAGUCAUGAGCUGUGCCAUGAACUGCUCAUUUAUGUAUAUUUACCAGGCCAACGUGAGCUGCGCCAGCAACAACCUCCCGAGCAACGCUUAGAGACGAAUGAUGGUCUUGACAUCAAGUACCCGGUUAAUGAUGUUCAAGAGACGACAAAGGAAGAGACAAUACCACCGACGGCUAGCCCCCUAUCAUCUUGUUUGAAGUCUUGCCUACGCUUAGCUUGCGAACUAGAUAUGACUGAUAUCGUCGCCAAGCUGCUCUCCAUAGGACCAGAUAAUGAUACCACGAUUCUAGAAACUACCUCAGAUGACGAAGAUUCACCACUACAGGUUGCGGUUCAGUACUCACGGCUUGAAUCAGCCAAGCUACUAAUUGCUGCUGGCACAAGCGUCGCUCCGAAUAGCAAUAGGGAAAUAGCGGCGCCGCUGGAAGUUGCAGCUUCCCAUGGAUCUAGCGAUAUGACGAAUCUUUUGUUGAGUUACGGAGCGCCAAUCGAUUCCAAGGGUUUGAACGAACACACACCUUUGCAAAUGGCUUGUACGAGGGGAAAUUUUGCAGCAGCCGAAUCUUUGCUUCGCCAUAGAGACUUCCGAGAUUAUAUAACACCGGACCUGCCCUCUCAACCACUAAUGAUUGCUGUUCAACGGGGUCAUCAUAAGAUCACGGAGGCGCUUCUUCGUCAUGGGGCAGAUCCAAAUGCAGGGGAAGACGAUGGCAGACCGGUUCUUUGGUGGGCAGUCAUGAAAGAGAGGAUCGACAAUUGUCGCCUUCUGCUGGCGCAUAAAGCAGACCCAAACUUGGUCCUCAAAGAGAGAGAAGGCACUCCAUUAGUCAUUGCAAUCAUGUUGGAGAACAUGGAGCUAGUCAAGCUACUUGUCGAGAACGGUGCCGAUGUGAAUCAGAAAAUAGACUAUGAGCGCACACCAGUCUAUAUGGCUACAUAUAAAAACCAUGUCGAGAUAGUUCGUUACCUUCUUUCUCACAACGCAGAUCCCAACAUCACCUGGUCAAAUGGCAUCACUCCUCUCUGGCACGCAGCACGGCAGGGAUAUUCAGAAAUCGUGCGAUUGCUUAUUGAAGCUAAAGCUGAUAUCCAUGCCCGUAAUGAUGAGUAUGGAUGGACAGCAUUGCACACUGUCUUUGAUUCCACCGAGACUGUCCGUGUUCUUCUUGAGUACGGCGCGGACAUUAACAAAAUGGAUAAGAGGGAGGCUACGCCUUUAGGCCUCGGGAUAAACAGUAACCAAGUCAACGCCGUCAAAAUGAUGCUUAGCGAGUCAAAGAUUGAGCCUAACUGGUCAAUCCCUUCAACCCAGAGAGCGAUACGGCGUGCAGUCCGUGAUGGCUACACUGACAUUGUGUCAUCGGUGCUUGAGGCCGGAGCGAACGUCGAUCUUGUGGAUGAUGAUAACACUCAACUCGCGUUUUGGGCAAUGUCACGUAAUGACGACAAUAUGAUCCGAACUCUCAUCGAAUUUGGAGCCGAUCUAAGCCACAAGGAUAAAGACGGAGACACAGCGCUUCAUAAUAUACGAAAACAGACGCCUCUAGCAUCAAUCCGACGAGUGGUCAAUGCCGGCGGCAAACUAGAUGCCAUGAACAACGAUCUUGAGACACCUCUCAUAAGCGCAAUAAGGGCUUGCAAUAUGGAAGUCUUCAACUACUUCAUGACAAAGACGAUUGUUGUCGACACCCUCAACAACCCUUCCUUCAACAAAGAGGGUGCGCCCUUGCAUUUCGCCUGUGCAAGAGGCACACUAGACAUGGUAAAAGCAUUGAUCAAAAACGGUGCGGAUGUCAACUAUGCUUGCGCCUCAGCAUACGGUACCCCAUUGAUAGCAGCUUCUAGACGAUGGGGAGACGACAGCGAUAUACCAGCAGAGAGUAUCAUCAGACUACUUCUCGACGAAGGCGCUGAUCCAAAGUUAUCUGCAGGCCGUGUAGGAUAUCCAAUUAUUUCCGCCAGCAUAUCUUGCUCAAGCAAAGUCAUCCAAUUACUCCUCGACCACAAGGCUUCGACAGAUGUCAAGGAUCCUUUUGGCAGAAAAGCAGCUCAUUUCGCCUGCCACAACACGCUCGAGGUCUUAAACUCCCUAAACCUUCCCGAUUCAGAUUUCGCAGCCAGAGAUAUAGUCGGCAGAGUCCCCCUCCACUACGCCGUGUUCAGAGGCCAACUCGACCUCGUCGAAGAAGUUUUAGCACGUUCUCAGAGAGUUGGUAUCGAUAUCGACGUUGUCGACGACGAUGGAUGGACACCACUGCUCUGGGCAGCACGUGCGCCUCGUCUCUUGUUUUGUGAAAAGAAACUACAGCCUUCGCAAUACGAAGCCACGGUAGCGUUUCUACUUAGCAAAGGAGCGAACCCCAGCAUUCGUGGACUUGGAUUAUACAAGGAGUGGACUGUCUCUGAAGUUGCCUACUACCACCACGCUGACAGGUCGAAAUCAGACAUCGCUCCUCAAGACGAGUUUAUAGAUUGCGGCUAUGACUGGGACGAGGAAGACGAGGAAGCAGACACUGCGUCCAAGGCUGCUCAAUCGGCCAAUGGAGAGAUUCCCGUAAAGGAUCAAGAAAAUGUCGAGAUUCAGUUUGACGACGAGGUUGUAGAGGAGGAAGAUAUGGAGCUUUGA